GCAGAAAAUGGGUAAAAUUGGGCAGUAUAUUUUGGUCACGUGAUGAUCUAUGACGAGACUUGGCGUGAAGACAGGUUCCGGUGUGGAGGGAAAGUGCCGACGUCGUGAAGAAGUUCCUCACAAGAAAUCAUGGGCGUCUUGGAGAAAAUAGCCGAGAUCGAGUCCGAGAUGGCUCGGACCCAGAAGAACAAGGCGACCAGCGCCCAUUUGGGUCUGCUGAAGGCUCGUCUGGCGAAGCUCCGACGGGAACUCAUCGAACCAAAAGGUGGCGGCGGCGGGAAAGCAGGAGAAGGUUUUGAUGUUGCCAAGACAGGAGAUGCCAGGAUUGGGUUUGUUGGUUUCCCCUCCGUGGGUAAGUCGACCCUCCUGAGUAAUCUGGCAGGUGUGUACUCCGAGGUGGCUGCUUAUGAGUUCACCACCCUCACCACCGUACCCGGGGUCAUCAAGUACAAGGGUGCAAAAGUUCAGUUGCUGGAUCUUCCAGGUAUUAUAGAAGGAGCAAAGGAUGGAAAAGGCAGAGGGAAGCAAGUUAUUGCAGUUGCCCGUACCUGCAGUCUGAUAUUCAUCGUGUUGGACGUUCUGAAGCCGCUCGGACACAAGAGACUCAUCGAGCACGAACUGGAGGGGUUCGGAAUCAGGUUGAACAAAGAGCCCCCAAACAUUCACUUCCGCAAGAAGGACAAGGGAGGUAUCAACUUCCAGCCCUCAGUACCACAGUCAGAGCUGGAUUCAGACCUGGUGAAACAGAUCCUGGCAGAGUACAAGAUCCACAACGCUGACAUCCUGGUCAGGUACGACGCUAGCGCUGAUGACUUGAUCGACGUCAUCGAGGGAAACAGGGUCUACAUUCCCUGCAUUUUUCUGCUCAACAAAAUUGACCAGAUCUCCAUUGAAGAGCUGGACAUCAUCUAUAAAAUCCCCCACUGUGUGCCCAUCUCUGCUCACCACAAGUGGAACUUUGACGACUUACUGGAGAAAAUGUGGGAGUAUCUCGACCUGGUCAGAAUUUACACGAAGCCGAAGGGUCAGCUUCCCGACUACGAGGCCCCGGUGGUGCUGGACCACAGGCACUCAGCCAUCGAGGACUUCUGCAACAAGCUCCACAAAAGCCUCAUCAAGGAGUUUAAAUAUGCCCUUGUGUGGGGAUCCUCUGUCAAACAUCAACCCCAGAAAGUCGGCAAGGAGCAUAUUCUGCAUGACGAGGAUGUCGUCCAGAUUGUCAAAAGAGUCUGAAGUGCCUGAUGCAUCCUGAAUGUCACAGCAAGAAGGAAAAUGUCGCACACCUGACAACACAUGCAGAAUGCUUCAUUUCUUUAUUUAAACCAGCUGCAAGUUGAUGAAAAUGUCUAAAAAAAUGUCAAUGUUCCAAUAAGAACUAGUUAACACUAUUAUAACAGGAGAGACAAGCUAGGCUAGCCAAAGCUAGGCUCCACUAGGCCAGGCUAGGUAAAGUGAUAUCUUUUCUGUUUCAAUGAUCUGAAAUUUUAUGAUGCCAAUGUGUACAAAUGUAUGAUAUCUCUGUUGGUAGCUUGAACUGUGUGAGUUCUUGUUUUAUGUUUGGGAAGACAAAAAAGCUGGUCAGUUGAAUGUCUUGCAAGUUAAGAAAAUUCUCUGAUUGCAAAGUGCAGACAUCUUCAGCAACUUGAAUACCUUGAAUGGAAAAAAAAAUACUAUGUCUCUCUUAGAAAUGUAAGUAAAUAACAGAUGUUUUAAUUAAAAAUACAUUAGAACAGGCAAAAGUCUUUAUACAAUGAAGUUAACACACACACACAUACACACACAAAAGCAAUAGAGAAAACGAAAAUCAAAAGUUGUUUAAAUUUUAGUUUAUUUUGCCUGCAUGUAAAGGAUUGCAUGAGCAAUGAAACCUGUGAAUAAACCAUGUUUGAUAUUAUA